AUGUUUAUCUCAUCAUGGGCAGACAUAACUCGUACUGGAACUCCGUCUAUGUUUCCCUCACUUGAAAGAUCAUAUCUCAAUCCGAGGCGUCCACCCAUUUAUUCGUCAUCUAUUGACAAUGUGUUUGCACCCUUUUUACCCCCAUCCAAGACUGUAAAUGACCAAAAUGAUGAUGAUGGAGACCAUUUACUCGUUAAUCGCAUAUACUACGUUGAAGGUGAGCAAAUUAAAAGGCUACAACUGUUGGCAAGUGAAAAUGGAUGCAUGAGGUCAAAGGUAAAGGCAUUUACCUCCUUCUUGUAG